AGCCGGCACCCCAGCUAGUCCUCCUCGUUACAAGGUGGCUGCGCGGUGUGGGCGGGGGCCAUUCAUUGCCGCCGCCUGCCCCGUCCAUACAGUGGGACUGCGAUUUGGUGGCGGAUUUACGGCAGGAAAGAAGGAAGAAACGACGAGGUGGGGCCGGGACGCGAGCGUGUUUACCUCUCCUGAGGCGGGGGGAGGCCCGUCAGGGAUGUCGGAGCCGCCGACUACGGCCCCGGCCCGGCCGCUCUAUCACGAGCGCCAGCGGCUCGAACUGUGUGCCGCGCACGCGCUCAACAACCUGCUACAACGCUGCGCCUUCGGCAAGGAUGAGCUGGACCGUCUGUGCUACAGGCUGUCCCCGGACGCCAUGCUCAACCCCCACCGCAGCAUGCUGGGCACCGGCAACUAUGACGUCAACGUGCUGAUGGCAGCUCUCCUGUCUGAGGGGCUGGCAGCUAUCUGGUGGGACAAACGCAGGUCCCUGGACAGUCUGGAUCUCAGCCGGGUCCUGGGCUUCAUCCUUAACAUCCCGUCCAAUGUGUCUCUGGGCCCAGUGACUCUGCCCAUCCGCCGCCAGCAUUGGGUGGCUGUUCGGCCCGUCCAUGGGUCCUACUACAACCUCGACUCCAAGCUCAAAGCCCCUGCUGCUAUCGGCUCUGACGCUGAGCUCAGGAAGUUCCUGACAGAUCAGAUUGCCCAGGACUCCUGUGAGCUACUGCUGGUGGUGGAGAGGGCAGUGGAGGAAGACGGCAGCUGGCUUUCCCCUCUGAAGGCCCGGAAGGCCAGAUGGGGCGUUGGAUGGAGAGAGGGGCCAGGGAGUGGAGAGUAAUAGAGGAGAGAGGGGAGACACAGUGAGGGGGGAGAGAGAUUGAAAGAGAAAGGGAGAGAGAAAGAAGGAAUGGGGGUGGGGUGGGGAGAUGGUGUGAGGGAUAGAAAGGGAGAGGUGGGGGAGACAGGCAGGGGAAGAGUGGGUGUGGAGAGAACCUUGCUUUCCCACCUCUUAACAUGUGGAUGGUAGUUUGGAGAUCAGAUACAGAGAGAAGGGGGAAAAGGGAGGGGAAGUAGAGAGAGAGAGGGGAAGAGAGAUGUAGAUAAGAGUAGUUGAAUGUGUACAUAGAAACUUUACCUCACAUCUCUGAUUAUCAAAAGAUUAAGACAGCAGAUGGAGGGAGCAGAGGAGAAGGGUGGCAAGGGGAGGGGAGGGUAGAGAAGAGGAUGGAGAGAGAAAACAUUUGGGAAGGGAAAGAGAACAGGAGGGGUGGCAUAGGGAAAGGAUUUGAGAGAGGUAUGGGAUAGAUGGUGGGAGUGUUGUGUUCGAAGAGAUAGAUGGAGAGGGGAAAGGAGGAGGUUGGGAGGAGACCAUCCUUUGUCCAGUCUGCACUUUAACCUCCCUCCCAGUUGUUGGAAAGCAUGUGCCUCACCAGAUCUGUUGGGCAGUUCGCAGUGGUAAGCCAGCAUCUGGAAGAACCUGGCUGUCGGCAGGAAUCCUGCUGAAUUGGAGGGUGCUGAAGGAAAUCAACUCCUCCCUCCCUCCUUCACCCAGCCCCCCCCCAGAGCAAGGAGAGUGUGGGAUCCUCUCCCCCUGCACCUCCUUACAGUAGUGGUGGUAAUGAGAUGGUGGGGGGAGACAUGGUUUGAUUGUCACUCUGAAUUUGCAUGGAAUGUAAAUAUGCAACCUCCAUCAUUCGAUUCACUUGGAAUAUGUUGAUUGCCCUAUACAUGCAUACACACACAUUAAAAAAAAUAUAAUCAAUAUAUCUCUCUGUCUCUCUCUCUCACACACACACAUACACACACACUCACACAUGUUUUUCUCUCUGAUACAAACUUUCACACAAUCUCUGUCUCUCCCUUUUGUAUACAUAUAUGCACACAAAGAGACACUCAUUUGCACACCUUAUGAAUGAGUAUGCAAUCUCCCACCCCAGACACCCACUCCCCAUCCAUCCUCAUUGCAGCACUGAAUAAAUCUGCCCAAUUCUUUAAAUUAAGUUUUGUAUCUGCUGCAAUCUGGUGGCUGAUAACUGACUUUCCUAGGCACCAGUCCAUACCACAAACUGAAUAUACUUUGAAUAUGCAAAUUCUCAGGGGCUGUGCAUAGAACUUGUAUAUAUUUCUCCACGCUAACGUACCGUGGUUGUGAGAUUAAUGUUCCAAAUAUGCAGUUUCUGCCUGCUUGUAUUUUUUUGAAAAUGCAGAUUUUCCUGUCUUCUAUAUGAUUUGAAAUAAAAGGUUUUCUUGUG